CUAAUAUAUGAAGUAGUGGCAAGUUCUGAAUACAAUUCGUCAGCAGGUGUGCAAAACAUGAGAUGUAGAGGUGCAGCUUCAGGGUGAUGUGGGAGGAGUGACCGGUUUCAGAGUUCAAAUUUUCAUAAGAAAACAUGGGGAACCAUGUCAGCAUCUUUACAACACAAGAGCAGAAUUGUCAGAGCUGGAAUACUGAGUGGGAACGCAAAAACAGUAACAACGAUGUGGACCCUGGUGCUCGUACUACUUCUAGAUCUUCAAAAUGCCAGCCCAACCACACUGAGAUUGGUCAAUGGUACAGCCCCCUGCUCUGGAAGAGUGGAGGUUCUCUAUAAUGGAAUAUGGGGAACAGUAUGUGAUGAUUCUUGGGAUUUAAAUGAUGCUGAAGUUGUGUGUAGAGAGCUGGGCUGUGGAAACGCUACAGAGGCAAAGAGCAAUGCUUACUUUGGACAGGGAUCUGGUCAAAUAUGGAUGGAUGACGUUAAAUGUUCUAAGACUGAGUCUUCACUGAUCGACUGUCAGUUCAGUGGAUGGGGAAAACAUAACUGUGUUCAUGGUGAGGAUGCAGGAGUCAUUUGCCAAUCACACAGAUAUGUUCUGGUGAGAACUGAAGUGCAGGUUACCCCUGGAAUCAAUCCAAAUAACCCAAUUAUCAUGCAGCAGGUUUUAGCAAAGAUGAGAACAGCAGCAGAAAAUAUGGGUAUUUAUACUAUCCAGUGGAGAACAAGUCCUAAUGGAGAAGUGUUUAAGAAAAAUAAUUAAUUGUGAUCACUUCAGAUAUUUAGUUAUAGUUAGUUGUCCAUUCAGAAUUUAGUAAUCCAAAUGUGAUAAUUGGGGUGGAACCAUUGAGAAUUUUUUUUAACAUUAAAAUGUAUUAAAGGUUAUUUAUCAAAGGUUAGCAUGUACAUAAAUGUAGUCUUUCCUGAAAAGGUGUCAUUGUGUACAACAAGUUGUUGAGUUGUAACAUUUUACUUAGACCUGUUGUUUAUUUUACAUCCUUAAUCUGUGGUUUGAUUUCACUUUUAGUAUUCCAUAUCAUAUCAUAUAUUCUGCAAUA